ACUUAUAUAACCCACUCUUUGUUUCCCCCUUCCCACCACGCUUUCACAAUACCAAUCACAACCAACCUUUCUCUCUCAUCUCUCAUCUUCAAUUCUCACAUACAAUGGCUGUUGCUUCCGCUUCCUCAACUUUCGCUGCGGCUGCCCGCGCCAUUUCUUCUUCCCCUAAGCUCGCCGCCUGCGCCUUCCCUUCCCCUUCCCCUUCUCUUCAACUCCGACCCUUCAGCUCAAAAAGCCUCUCUCUCACUGCCUCCCCCGCCGCCCCUAAAAGAUCACUGCUUGUCAAGACCCAGAGCAGCCUAUCCGACUCCGCUCCUGCCGGUAACGGCUUGUUUGCUACUCCUUUUAAUGGCGAUGUUCAAGAGAUGUAUGUGUACGAGAUCAACGAGCGUGACCGGGGCAGUCCGGCGUAUCUCCGGCUAAGCUACAAGAAGGAAAACUCUCUCGGCGAUCUCGUUCCCUUCACCAACAAGGUCUACUCCGGCGACUUGCAGAAGCGCGUGGGCAUCACUGCGGGGCUAUGCAUUCUGAUCCAGCACGAGGAGGAGAAGGGCGGCGACCGUUACGAGGCGGUUUUCAGUUUCUACUUUGGGGAUUACGGCCACAUCGCCGUUCAGGGGCCCUACCUCACCUACGACGAGUCUUAUCUCGCCGUCACCGGCGGUUCCGGCAUUUUUGAAGGGGUUACCGGGCAGGUGAAGCUCCGGCAGCUGGUCUAUCCGUUUAAGCUGUUCUACACGUUUUACUUGAAGGGUAUUGAGAAAUUGCCGGCGGAGUUGACCGGGACCCCUGUGCCUCCGUCGCCGGCCGUGGAGCCUUCUCCGGCGGCAAAGUCUUGUGAGGCCGGUGCGACCGUACGUAACUUUACUAAUUAGUCUGUUUGUGAGAGAAAGUGAACGGUUUAUAUAUCAUGGUGGAAUGCAUUGGUGUUUGAGUAAUUUGUCAACUUUUGAAUUCCAAUGACUAGAAAGUACGAAUAAUUUAUGUUGGACUUCAAUGUAAUAAUAUGGAGUUUCGAGUCCUGGAGUAUCUUUUACUUUUUAUUUUAUUUUUAAGAAAUGAUGCUUGUAAUUCUUUAGUUAUAAUUAUUUUAUAAAUCUAGUUUUUGCUUUUUUUUUU